CUUGAAAAGGAACACAACUCAGACGCUGCAAAAUAUUUCCAUUUUCUACUGUACUGUAUGUUCAGGGUUUCCAGCCAUGCAGAAUCUCAGGACUCCAUUCAGAGGUAUUGCAGAGGAUGUUAGGGGAAGAAUAGCCUGCUAUAAGCAAGAUUGGGUUGCUGGAAUCCGGUCCGGAAUAGGGAUACUUGCUCCAACAGCAUAUAUCUUUUUUGCUUCUGCUCUUCCUGUGAUUGCCUUUGGAGAGCAACUGAGCAGGGACACAGAUGGCAGCUUGAGCGCUGUGGAAACCUUGUCCUCCACUGCUAUUUGUGGUAUCAUGCACUCCAUUCUUGGCGGGCAGCCUCUUCUGAUACUGGGAGUUGCAGAGCCCACCAUUAUCAUGUACACUUAUCUCUACAAGUUUGCUAAAGAUAGGAAAGAUUUGGGACAAGAACUCUAUUUGGCUUGGACCGGAUGGGUUUGUGUGUGGACAGCUCUGAUGUUGUUUCUUCUGGCGAUAUUCAACGCUGGUCGGGUGAUAAACCGGUUCACAAGGAUUGCAGGGGAAACAUUUGGCAUGCUAAUCGCGGUUUUGUUUAUUCAAGAGGCAAUUAAGGGAAAGGUGAGUGAGUUUAAUGUUCAAAAAGAUGAAGAUCCAAAGUCAGAUAAAAACCAGUUUCAGUGGCUUUACACCAAUGGGCUGCUAGGGGUCAUAUUUUCUCUUGGCCUUCUCUACACUGCCUUGAAAAGCAGAAAGGCAAGGUCAUGGUGGUAUGGCACAGGCUGGUUCAGAAGCUUCAUUGCUGAUUAUGGAGUUCCUUUGAUGGUUCUGGUUUGGUCAGUACUUUCAUACGGCAUACCGGGCAAAGUUCCAUCUGGUGUUCCCAGAAGGCUCUAUAGUCCCCUUGCUUGGGAUUCUGGAGCAACACAUCACUGGACUGUUAUCCAGGAUAUGGGAAGGGUUCCUGCUGCAUACAUCUUUGCGGCCUUGAUUCCAGCCAUGAUGAUUGCGGGGCUUUAUUUCUUCGACCACAGCGUAGCUUCCCAGCUCGCGCAACAAAAGGAGUUUAAUCUGAAGAACCCUUCAGCAUACCAUUAUGACAUCUUCCUCUUGGGAUUUAUGACUUUGCUUUGCGGUUUACUUGGACUGCCUCCUUCAAAUGGUGUCCUGCCACAAUCCCCUAUGCACACUAAAAGCUUGGUUGUUCUUAAAAGACAGCUGAUGAAGAAGAAGAUGGUAGAAACAGCAAAGGAAAGUAUAAGGCAAAAGGAGAGCAAACAAGGAAUAUAUGGCAAGAUGCAAGCAGUGUUCAUAGAGAUAGACAGUUCAUCCAUUUCUGCAGUGGAUAAGGAACUAGAAGACUUGAAGGAGGCUGUAAUGAAGAUUGGAAAUGAAGGAGAAAAGGGGAAUAAUGACACAUUCGAUCCCGAGAAACACAUUGAUGAUUACCUGCCUGUUCGGGUUAACGAGCAGAGAGUGAGCAAUCUGUUGCAGUCCGUGCUGGUUGCAGCAUCAGUAUGUGCAGUGCCGGUGAUGAAGAAGAUCCCGACCUCGGUCCUUUGGGGAUAUUUCGCCUACAUGGCCAUGGAUAGCCUUCCAGGCAACCAACUCUGGGAAAGAAUCCUGCUCCUGUUCAUCACACCAGCAAGAAGAUUCAAGGUUCUAGAGGGAGCUCAUGCAUCAUUUGUGGAGACUGUACCAUUCAGACACAUAGUGAUAUUCACAGUGUUCCAAUUUGUAUACUUGCUGCUCUGCUAUGGAGUCACCUUGAUCCCCAUAGCCGGCAUUCUCUUCCCCGUGCCGUUCUUUCUGCUGAUAACCAUAAGACAACAUCUCCUACCUAAGCUGCUGCCUCCUCGGUUCUUGCAAGAACUUGAUGCAGCUGAGUACGAGGAAAUUGCCGGUGCCCUUCAGCCUUCCCUCAGCUUCUCCUUCAGGGAGAUGGAAGUACACAAUAUUCCUGGAAGUGAGGAAGGUGAAGCGGGAAUGAACGACGCGGAGCUGUUGGAUGAACUAACAACAAGCAGAGGAGAGUUAAAGCUUAGGACUAUCAGCUUUGAAGAUAAACGCCCUCAGAUUUAUCCAACGGAUCACUCUACAGACUCUGAAAUAGAGGAGUCGCAUUGAUCUGAAGCAAAUUGAAGACAUGAAGUUAAUGUAUGGUUUAAAUUACUGUACUGUAUAC